AGAGAGAGAGAGCCAUGGCAACUGAAGUCGUAGCCGAGCCUGUGCAGCAUUACCAAGAGCCUCACAACGACGUCAAGCUCUUCAACAAGUGGAGCUUCGACGAUGUUCAGGUCAGUGACAUCUCCCUUGGAGAUUACAUUGGAGUGACCCAAUCCAAGCAUGCAACCUAUGUCCCUCACACUGCUGGGAGGUACUCGGUCAAGCGUUUCAGGAAAGCUCAAUGCCCCAUUGUGGAGAGGCUUACAAACUCUCUCAUGAUGCAUGGGAGAAACAAUGGAAAGAAACUGAUGGCUGUAAGGAUUGUUAGGCACGCAAUGGAAAUCAUCCAUCUGCUUACUGACUUGAACCCAAUUCAAGUCAUUGUUGAUGCUGUUGUUAACAGUGGCCCACGUGAGGAUGCCACUCGUAUUGGAUCUGCUGGAGUUGUUAGGCGUCAGGCUGUGGAUAUCUCACCUCUGAGACGUGUGAAUCAGGCUAUCUAUCUCCUGACAACCGGUGCUCGCGAGUCUGCUUUCAGGAACAUCAAGACAAUUGCUGAAUGCUUGGCCGAUGAGCUUAUCAAUGCUGCCAAAGGUUCCUCUAACAGUUAUGCUAUCAAGAAAAAGGAUGAGAUUGAAAGGGUUGCCAAGGCCAAUCGUUAAGGUGUUCUGGAAGCUCUUGUUACUGAGAAGAAGCAAAGUUGGUGUUAUGUAUGAAAGAACAAAAUGGGUUUUAUCUAUCUUUUUGUAAUGACUGUAUGGUAGCUCCAUUUUUCGGAUAUGUUUAUGGUACUGUUUGGUUUCGUGAAGACACGUUCUAGGUUUAUUUCUUUUGUGAUCUUUGGUUUUAGUAUGUCAUCUGACUGUUUGGAAUCAGGAGAAAACAGGUUACAUCUUAGAAUUA